CUGCGCCUCGUUCUAUUCUACAUCAUUACGACAUUGGGGGGUGGGAUUCAAGGACAGUGAGCAAGCAGUUUGGCAUAUAAUAAUAAGGCUAUGUAGGUAUGUAUCGCUAAUAACUUCCUUUUUUCUUAGCUACCUCGAAAACCCCGCAAUAGCCAAGGACACUGCUGUUGGUGUCCUCCACAUUGUGGGAAAUCCGGGAUCGUAUAAUAUAAACAUGUGGCAGUACACGUCAACCCUACUGUAUUGGCUCGUCCGGCCGCUCUACUGCAGCCCGGUACCUGUGGAUGGGGAUAUAACCUUGGAUGACGCUGCUGCGGGACGAUACGCGAUGUGCGACGGGGCGGUGGCAUCCGGCGCAGAAGGAAGACCUGAUUAUGGCACUGCGCGGAGGAGACAAAGGUGGCUCUGGACGCGUUUGCGUUGCCGGGUUGUGCGGGUGGUGUGAGUCUCAGGUCCGAGGUUUUCUCUAGAGACCAUGAUCAGGACUUGAUAGGUAGUAUUUGGUAAGGUAAUUGUGGGUUUCGUUUCGUAUAUUCGGCAUUGUCGUAAUAUUUACUGCGAAUUCGUUUAGGUAGUAAUAGUUUUUCUCACUUGAAGCUAGCUUCAGCUUCUUACUUAAAUCAAAUCAAACUAUCUCAACACUGUUGCGC